AUACACCUUGUGUACACACAAUACAACGACUGGGGCUUCAGGAACAGUGUCACCAUAAAAAUGGAGUUGGUGGUAGAUAGGUAGACUGUUAUUAUACCCACUGGAUACCUGUACACAAGGAAUACCUCAACUCAUUUUAUUUAUUUGUUAAUUUUGAACAAGAUUGGAUUUCUUAUUUUGUGUCGAAGCUUUUUAAUACUAUAAGAAUGGAAUUGUUAUCAAAGUGUUUCUGGUAUAUAUACCAACCCUUUGCGUGAAAGUUUAAAGGAAUUUUAGUACCGCAAAUUUGAUUCUACACUGGGAUUGUGUGCUGGAUCGCACAAGAGUUUUUGUGAUAUUCAAGAUUUGUGGAUUUAAUUAACGCGUUUGUAAUUAACCUGAACGACACUAGAAGAUUGACAGUAUGGUUUUAACACACCAGACGCACAGUAGUGGAGAUGUGUCGCCUACAUAUGCCAACAUGGAUGAAAUUCAAGACUUGCUGAAGGCCUACUCAAGUGAUGAAUACUUGGUAGUAUCGGAGGCUGACCAAGGGUUGAUGAUGCAGACCCAAUAUCGGGAUCCUCCCCCGUACCCCGGGCACAGCAAACAGAUGGCCCAACCUAGUCUUCGACAGAGUUUCUCCGGGAGUGAGACGAGUACAGAUGUUUCGGUUUCGUCCAUGGAAAACUUAUCGUCUUCACAGCGACAAGAACCUCAGGGGGAGGAAACGGCCACACCCGCCUACCACCACCACACAGAGUGCAGCGAGGAAUACAGCAUUAUGGCACGCCUCGCUCACGACUCCAAAACACAACAAAGUAGUGUGCCCUACUAUGGACAGGUACCCCACCCCACGGAUAACCGGGGUUAUCUCAACAGUGGCCCUUUUUACCCCUGGGCUCAAACCCCUCACCUCCUGCCACAGAAGGGUGGGGAUAGCAGUAUGGGGGGGAAGGACUUUGGAGAGUCACAUUUGUGUUCAAAUACAGACUGGGCGUUUGUAGGGUCUAACCAACAGCCAACGACAAACUCAGGGUUACAGGCAGCAUAUUUUACAACGUUAACGCCUCCACCACAGUACCCUGGAGCAAACGGAUUGUACGAAAACAUGGACAGAACAAAAAUGAAAAGGUCGUAUGAAACUGUUGAAUCGGUGGAAAUGAAAUCAUGUCAUUCUCAACCAGAUCUGCACAGAUAUUGGGAAACGCACAACACUGAAGCAUUAGCAGGACAACCCAACCUACAGUACUCGCCUCUCCCAAGACCAAGUCAACCUGUAGCUCAUGAGCUUAACCCUCUUCGGACGACAGACAUGGUCGAAAUUCUGACAGAGGAAAACAAACGAUUACGGGAAGACAUAAAUAUUUAUUGUAAAAAAGUCUCCAAACUUCAAAAGUUUGAAAUGGAAAUCCAGAAAGUUCAUGAGGCAUACGAGUCUUUAGUCCAGUCUUCACAGAAGCGCGAGAAAUUAGAAAAAAUGAUGAAAAAGCGACUUGAGGAGCAAAUAAGGAAAUUAGUCUGUCAGAACAAGACAUUUAAAGACAAAUUAGACAAAUCUAGUCAGGGUUCCGAUAGUGAGCCCAGUCUAGGAGCACACAGAGAUGAAGGAACAUCAGCCUUGUUGGCAAAAAACAAAGAACUUCAAAAUCAGCGUGACCGUUUUGAGCUUGAGGUAGCAACACUCCGGACAACAGUCCAAGGACAGACUGACCAGUUGGAUAUCUUAGACGGUGCACUAACAAACGCUCAGUCUAAUGUUGUGCGGCUGGAGAAGGAGUGUUGUGUGAAGCAAGUCCAGAUGGAGCGACUUGACCAGUUACAGCGAGCGUUUUCGUUACUACAAUCAACAUGUGAGAAGCGGGAACAGAUGGAGACGAAGCUGAGGACGAACCUGGAGAAGAAACUCAACAAGACACAAGAGCAGAAUGGUGCAUUACCAAAGACAGAACCUGGAAAAGAGACAGCCUCAGAGUUGAACAAUAUCUACUCCCUACAGCGACUUCUUAACGAGAAAGAAGCAAAGAUUUUGCAACUUGAAACAGAAGUUGUUAAGUGGGAGCAGAAAUACCUGGAGGAGAACAUGCGUCAGCUCACCCUGCAGAAUCCUGAACUCCGAGACCAGUGGUCGUUUGACUUGGAAAGACUACAGGUUCCACCCAAGGUGGGCCCUGUAGAAGAAGUUUUCCGGUCACAGAUCACUGAACUCGAGUCAAAGGUGAAAUCCUUGCAGACCCAACUUGCUGAGAAGGAUGCUAUGAUUCGAGUGUUUCAGCGAGCACCCAUGACACGAAGUAGCAGUGUACAUACACUCAAUUACUGUACACCACUUCAUUCGCCACGCCCCUCUCUUAUAGCCACUGGAACACUUACACGCCAGGGUAGCCAAUCGGACACCAACAGUUAUCGGGAUUUUCCAAUGAUCCGUCAUUUCAAAACAGGCAGUACAAGUGCCUUAGAAACAGGCAGAAAAUUUUCACUGGACUGCGAGACUUUGAUGGACUCCUUGGUCCUGCCUGAUAACAAGUCUGAGGAUAAGGAAGAUUCAUCAGAUGAUGAAGGUGAUAAGGUCUGGCAAGUUUGAGCGACUCUAAGUCACUUAAAAACCCUUUGUACCCCUGCAAGGUCUUGCUAGUUAAAGGGACUCCAAGUCCUUUAACAAUCCUUUCGUGCACCUUUGUGCUGAUCUGAGGGACACAGCUCUUUUAAGCCAACCCUAAGUACCUUUUGGGAAAUGUGAGGGACAAAACAUCCCUAAAUCAACCCUUUGUGACUGCCUGGUGCCUAGCAAUUGACCUGAAAAGAUAGGAGUUGGGAGACCUGCUGUUUGAAGUUUUCCCUUGGUGACCACCCACCUGCUGGAAACCUGUUUGCUGUUUUCCCUCGGUGAUGACAGGGCAAACACAAGAGACAGAGUUGGUUUCUUCUAGUCCGAUGAGAGGUAGCAACUGUAUCCAUCCAGGCUUUCGUUUCCUGUGUAUAAACACUUGACAGUUACCAAGGAAACUUGCCUAGCAGUGAAUUAGUUCGCCAGGUUCUUAAGAAACCUUAACAGCUGACUAGUGACUGUCAAACAGGAAUAGCAGCCUUUUCGUAAGCUGAUUGAAGCAUUGGAACCUGCUUAGCAGCUUCAGUGCCCAUCACGAUGAAGUAUCAGAAGCAGUAGGCAUGAACUACAACAUCAAACAAAGCUUUUCAAAAUAGAUCUUUUGACAGUAUACUACUGGGCCAUUGGAAGGUGAAACAGUUUUUAGUGCUAAGAAGAAGCUAUGUUGGAACAAAACAGAAGCUACAGCUUUUGAAUUCUGGAUACCAAUCCUUAAUGCCAGAAUAGUUUAAACUUUCACCAAAAGUGCCAGCGGCUGAGAGUGUAAUGUGUAAGAUUUAACAGCCCUUGUGACAAAGAAAUCUUCAUCUUUGGAAACCUUACAAUAGCAUUGACUACGUUUACAAAUGAACUCUUUGAUAUAUGAGAUCCUGAUUUAAAAUGAAUUCAUAUUUCUGUUAAGGGAUUAAAAACCAAACCAUUUUUUCGAAUGAAAUUAAAUGUUUCCAUUUGAAUUUUAAUUCUGAAAUACGUAAAUAACAAUAACAAGAUUUCGCAAAAAAGCAAUGAAAAUUUUGAAAGGUGAAAAACAAAUAAUUUGGAAUUUUCGCAGGAUGUAAUCCUGACAAUAAAAGACACCCCAUGAGAGUUUUCGUGAGAGUUUGGAGAGGAGUAGUGUUAACCAUGCUUACCACCAGACCAUAGCUUUGUUUAUCUGGCUUUUGUGAAGUUGGGUUGCAGUCACAAUGCUAAACAUCUGUGAUUGGUAAUACUUGAUAAACAAAUUGCAAGAUGUUUUUGUGUAAAUUGUCAGUGGUUGACAUUACUGUUUUCCCGACCUGAUGCUGCACACAUUUUAAGCAUUCCAGUAUGGAGAUUUUUGAUACAAUCAUAUUUAUAUUUUCCUAAGCCAUUCAUUGAGACCAAUAUGCUGAAAUAUGAAACAAGUUGAACUUGUUUCAGAUUAUGAUGUUCAUGAAAUUAAAGUUUUCGGAAAUAUUUUUGACCUAUUAGAAUUGCAUGAUCUGUAGAAAUUAAGAAAAUAGAUGUCUUCCAUAUGUUUUACAGAUGUGGGGACUGUUUUAUUGGCAAACAUGAUAUGUAUAACAAACAUCAUAUAAGAUUUUGAAAUUAUUUAAAAAAUGCAUCAAUACUUUGCAUGUUUUAAUGUCUAACAUUACAAUGUGUGACAUGUGUGUCGUUUGUGUCACUUGAAGAGUAAAUAGUUCCUUAUUCAUUCAGUAGAGAUAAUGUACAGGGAGAUGGAAACUGGACAUUGAAUUGGAAGUACACAGUACUGGCUAUUGACAUCUAUUACUAUCAACAUCUGUGUCUGAACAAGGAAUUCAUUAUGUUGAAGCCAUGCAAAUUUUGUAUUGUUAAUAAUUCUUUGUUGUCAUUAUGAUUUGUGGAAUAUGGUGUAUAUUUCGCCAUAAGGAUUGAACUAUAACCUUUGAACUUUGAGGUUUAACCUUUGACCUUUGUUGAUAUUAAGCAGUAGACUUAUAUACGUUCUUAAGCAACAAGUGACAUUUGUUUUGCAUUAACAUAUAUAGUUAUUGUUAUUUUGAAAAUUUAUUUUAGAAAACUGUGUUACAUGUUUUCAUCUUUCAGACUAAACUUCAUCGUGUUAUCAUUAAGACACGUUAAGUUUGCCUCCAUUUUGUAGCAUUCAGCAUUUCAAUGAUGUGAAAUCAUUUGAAAAUGUGUUCAUGUUGAUGGUAGCUCAAAUUGAGUGUUUCUAAAAUAUCUUUCUAAAUUUACGCUCAUACUAUAGAUUGGAAUGUUAUCAAAUGUUUUUCCAGAAGGAUAUUUUUAGUGGGUGCUUUGUCGGAAAACUGUCGUUGUUUCCUUGUUACUUCUGGCGUUACCAUAUUUAGCUAUAGAUAGCCCAUUAUCGGUACUGGCCUUACCAUAUUUAGCUAUAGAUAGCCCAUUAUCAGUACUGGCGUUACCAUAUUUAGCUAUAGAUAGCCCACUAUCCCUACUGGUGUUACCAUAUUUAGCUAUAGAUAGCCCAUUAUCCGUACUGGUGUUACCAUAUUUAGCUAUAGAUAGCCCAUUAUCGGUACUGGCGUUACCAUAUUUAGCUAUAGAUAGCCCAUUAUCAGUACCGGCGUUACCAUAUUUAGCUAUAGAUAGCCCAUUAUUGGUACUGGCGUUACCAUAUUUAGCUAUAGAUAGCCCACUAUCGCUACUGGUGUUACCAUAUUUAGCUAUAGAUAGCCCAUUAUCGCUACUGGUGUUACCAUAUUUAGCUAUAGAUAGCCCAUUAUCGCUACUGGCGUUACCGUAUUUAGCUAUAGAUAGCCCAUUAUAUAACCCGAAACAAAAAUGUAAUCGUCACAUUUACAGUAAUGUUUAAGAGUAAGUUUCGUACUAAUUUCAACAUAAGGACUAAGUUCCAGGGCUCUAAAGAGUUAAAUACGGUAGACACCUAUAUGUUUCGUGAGCUGGGUUGUAUAAUGUAUGAACAAGUUGUGAGUGUUAAAUGGUGUUUACACCUGUUCACACCUGUUAAUUAGGGUUUUAUGUGCAAUACUGAUACAUAUAGAACACAAUAUUGAUGUGGUGCUAUAUUGUUGUAUAGAUUAUGUAGGUAAUCUUCGUGUACACUUGUAUGUCGUAACUUAUAAACCAGUCAUGUACACACGGCACAGUGGUCUCUGAUUAGUCAUACAACUUGUCAUAAAAUGUCCCAAAAUACAUUCUCUAGAUUUUUCCAUAAGAACCUCAAAAUAUAAGGCACUAGUAUGUUUGUGCAUAUUUUUCAUUCUGAUUGGACAAUGGAAAAAUGUUUUUGAUUCCAAGCCUAGCAUUUAAUUUUUUGGUGUGUACACACUUUAAAAUAGCAUUUUAAAAUAGUUUGAAGUCCCUGGUAAUGAAAUGGUCUAAGACACCAUGUAGUGUUGUCUAGGUUGGGAUACCUUACGUCUUUAUCAGACGUCGGUGAUAGAUCUAUAGAUAUAACUCGGAUCUAGCGUGAAGCUACAUUCCAUUCUAAAAUUCUUGUAUCACUACUAAACUUCAACUUAUGCAGACUUUCAAGAAAAAACGAAUAUUUUAAUGAUCUAGCGUUCAGUAUUUCUGUGAAGGUAGAUCAGAGUUCUGUGCUGAGCAGGUGUGUAUGCUAACAACACCAAGUACAGUCUGUCAUGACAUUGUUAUGCUUGGUUUUUGGAGCAAAGACAUAACUAAUAUGUAUUCCUGUCUGGUGGAUUUGAGGUUAUGAAAUAGUUGAAAUAUUAUUUUUAGAAUCAACAAGAUUAAAUACCCCGAUUUAAGAUCUGUACCAGUGAGUCACUGAUAGAAGAUUUGUCAAGCCAUUCAAAACCAGCGAUAUGUAACAUGUUCAGCGAUUCUAUCAGUAUUUACAUAGAAGGUUACAUUUUUGAGCCACAUUGUUUAGGUUGGUUAAGAACCGUGACAGAUUUCUCAAAAGAUGGGCAAAUGUUCAAAAAACUCAGGCCAGCAUGAGACAAAUUAAACCCUUAAAAAUGCAGUGAGGACUGCCAAAAUACCUGUGGGGCUUAUUAUCUUAACGAUUUUAUUUGAUUUAAAUCCAUUUUAAUCUUCAUAUGGAAUUUUAAAAUUUGAACAAUAUACAUUAGCAUUGGAGUACUAUUAAUAGUUGUUGAAGUAUAAAACUAUUUAUGACCAUAUUCAGUUAUUCAUGAAAUAUUCAUUUGUUUAAAAUCAAAUGUUACAUCAUCAAGUAUUUUUCAUGAAGAGUUCAUUUAAGCCUUUAAUACUUCAUUAUUGAAACAGUUCAUUUAAUUGAACUUUUUUGUUUGUUUUUGAAUGAAUAGUAUUUUCUCUAAAAUGUAUGUCAACUUAAGUUCAUAUGAGUGAAAGCAAGAGUGAUGCAUGGAGAAAAGGGGAGAGAGAAGAUAGAGAGAGAAAAGAAACAAGACAAGAACAAGAGAAAUUAAGAAGUAUGGAAUAUAGAAGCAUGAUCAAGUUUAUUUAUUAUUUAUAUUAGCCAUAAUGACAUGCAUCAUACCAUUGUGAGAACUAUUCCCCCAUUUUGUAUAUACACCUGCCAGGUGUGUGGAGCUUCGUUAGCUUGGUGUUCACUCCUUAUUAUCUGUCAAGCUUGCGAGGUUCGUCACACCUGGCUACAGGUAAAUUUUCAAAUGUGCCAAGUUUUUGUACAAAAUACCUUAUCAGCUGGUCUGUGAUCCUCCAUGUAAAUAUUUUGUUGAUAAUUUGAAUGAUACCAAUAAACUAUGAAUAUUAAAA